UGGACUCGGCCAUGAAGGCGGCGAUCGAGGCGAUCCACGCCUCGCCAAGGCACGCUGUUCUUCACCUCGCCGGCGGCGCAUCGCAGGCGCUCGGGUGGCUGCUGUCGGUGCCGCGAGCUUCACAGACGCUGCUGGAAGCCACAGUUCCCUAUACGCGCGCGUCGAUGAUCCAGCUCCUUGGAAGAGCUCCACAGCAAUAUGCUAGUCGUGAAGUAGCCGAUGAGAUGGCUACCGCUGCUUACAAUCGAGCUCUUACUCUCUCGCUACCAGGCACUCUGGUGGCUGGAUUUGGAGUCACUGGUGCGUUGACGACUGGGAGUCCCAAGCGAGGAGAUCACAGAUGCCACAUAUCUGCUCGAACGCAUUCAUCUCUUUGGAGAUAUGACCUCACUCUUUACAAGGGAUAUAGAGAUCGUUUUGGAGAGGAUUGUCUAUCCAGUCAGCUCCUGAUCAAGGUUAUGAUUUUUAUGACCAGGCUUUUCAGUUCGCCCAGGCUUUUGAUUUAUGUCCAGGCUAUGGCUGACGUUUGUGAGAUUGGAAAUACGGUACCGGUAGAAUUGAAGACCCCUGAGGAAGAAAUUCGAGAGUCGAGGCUGAAUUACACAGAGGACGAAGAGCUCGAGCAGCUAAUACAUGGAAAUGUCUGCAUGGUCCGUUAUCCUGGUGAAGAUAGCAAAGAUCGUAGAACCGGCAGAAGGGUCGUUCUUUCCGGUGCUUUUAAUCCAUUGCACGAAGGUCAUCUUACACUGAUGAGCACGGCAUGCACCCUUGUGCAAGGCGGCAGUCCGUGUUUCGAGCUAUCAGCAAUUAACGCAGACAAGCCAGCGCUUCCAGUUCAUGAGAUCAGGCAGCGAGUGAAGCAGUUCGUGGAAAGAGGAAAGACUAUGAUAGUGACCAACCAGCCUUUCUUCUACAAGAAAGCGGAAAUUCUCCCGGACAGUACGUUUCUCGUCGGCGUUGACACAGCGAUGAGACUUGUCAAUGAGAAGUACUAUGGUGGAAGCAGGGAGAGAAUGAUGGAAGUUCUCCUGAACGUACAGAGACUCGGGUGUGAUUUCAUGGUUGCGGGACGCAUCGUCGAUGGCGUUUUCAAGACAAUGUUGGAUGUUAAUGUUCCAGAAGAAGUGAAAGAAAUGUUUUCGUCCCUUCCAGAGAACGUUUUUCGUGUGGAUCUCUCCUCCACAGAGAUUAGACAAAAGGCCUCCAUGUAAAAUUCAAACUUGAAUUAGCUGGGAUCUGAGCUACCCUGGGGGCUAUCUAAAUGGCUUCACCACUUGAGAAGAUAAUCAAAUCAGCCCAGCUACAUAAACAACUCCGUUAGUUUGGCAUUGUAAAAAAGAGAGAUUAUAGACAACAUCUAUAACAUGUUUUGAGGUUUAUGGCUA